UUUCCCCUUUGGGUUAUGUAAACAGUAAUUCUCCCCAGAUGGAACUAUUUUCCUCGCUUGGAAGCAGCUGGGAGGGGUCUUGGGCAGGGCUGGGGGUGGAAUGCCGGGGUUCCUCAGGGAGCCCGGGGAGCAGGGCAGAAUCAGACCCCUGAAGGCGCCUGAGGCUCUCAGCCAGGCACUCUUCUCUCCAGGUACCUGCCUCUGCUGGAACCAUGCCCGUGACCUUGGCCCUCUUGCUCCUCCUGAACCAGGCCAGUGCAGACCCUUGCUACCAUCCAGGGGGCGGCCCCCGCUUCUGCCUCCCACCAGUGACCCAGCUGCCUGGCCUGGCCGCCUCCUGUCCCCAGGCUUGUCUGCCCUCCUCAGGGGUGGACUUUGGUCCCGAGGCCACCUGCAAUGGCAGUCUGACUCUGGCCCUGGGUGGGACCUUCCUCCUGACGUCUGUCAGCCUGCGAUUCUGCACCCCAGGACCCCCAGCCCUGGUCCUGUCAACCGCCUGGGCCACUGGAGGUCCCUGGAGAUCACUGUGGCACAGACCUGCCUGGCCCCGGGCCUUGGGAGGCCCCGAGAGGGUGACCUUCCGAGCUGCACCCGGCCCAAAGGCCAGUGUAGUGGCCAGUCACCUCCGCGUGGAGUUCGGGGGGUGCGAGAGCUGCCGCCCAUCCCACCGCGACCGGCCCUGGCGGCCCGCCACCCCCUGGCACCCUCACCCUUGCCUGCCCUGCUCCUGCAACCAGCACGCCCGCCGCUGCAGGUUCAACUCUGAGCUGUUCAGGCUGUCGGGUGGCCGCAGUGGGGGUGUCUGCGAGCGGUGCCGCCACCACACAGCUGGGCGGCACUGCCACUACUGCCAGCCAGGGUUCUGGAGGGACCCCAGCCAGCCCAUCACCAGCCGCAGGGCCUGCAGGGCCUGCCAGUGCCAUCCUAUUGGGGCGACAGGUGGUACCUGCAACCAGACCAGUGGGCAGUGUUCCUGCAAGUUAGGGGUCACUGGCCUGACAUGCAACCGCUGUGGUCCUGGCUUCCAGCAGAGCCGCUCCCCCAGGAUGCCGUGCCAGCGAAUUCCCGAGGCACCCACCAUUGCUACAACCCUUGAUGCUUACAGCUCUGACCCUCAGUGCCAAAACAACUGGAAUAUCUCCGGGACCAGGUUACACAGGAGACUUCGGAGGUACUGGCCGCAAGAGUGAGUGCUGGUGAGAAAAAGGGCUAGCAGCUGCAAAGGUUGCUUGCGCCCAAGACCCGCCACCCACUACCUGCUGAUGGGCAGCGGCCCUGGCCGACCAGUCUUCGACCGCUAGGGCCUUGCGCUGUCCUGGAGGCCCUGCUUUUCCCUGAGGCGGCUGCAGCAGGAGGAGCGCGCAGGCAGCUGCUCCAGCUUGCGGCCUUAGACUCUGACCUCUGAACCCGGGCUCUAGAGCCGAAGCCUGGAGGCCUCGAAUACCAAGGAAGGAACUGAAAGCAACCCGAAGCUUAGGUUUUACCUCCACGUCGCGUCCUUCAGCGAGCCAAUCAGACACCGCGGAGCCCAUGACGUCACUGGCAUGCGCCGGCACCCAGCAGGCACGCGUGAUGCUGAACUGAAGGCUGCAAACUGCAAGGACUCUUGGUCUCAGGCUAGGACCCUC